CGCUCAUAAACUCGUCCCAUAAAAUUCACCGGAAAACUGAUUUGACUUCUACAGUGUUAAGUAAACGGAAUAUCUCAAUCAACGCCCGCUCUUCUGUAUGUCAGAGGUCUACACUUAGAUCUUUCAGAUUGCAAUGGAUGCUGACAUGAAUGGCAACUUACCCAAUGAGAGAUCUGGUGUUGAGGAAUUACCUUUGAUACCUUUGAGUCCAGACCUUGAUCGCAGCCAGCGAGCCAAAGCACUAAGUCAGCUCUCUCUCCAAUCACAAGGCAGUAAAGUCUAUGACGUAGGACACGAUGAGGCGGAUAAAAAGGCUGAUAUACCAUUCAAACUCCAUCAAGCUUCUUUGACUGGAGACGAGGCUGAAGUCAGAAAAAUUUUGAACAAAGAGCCCGACAUUAAUCUGUUGGAUAAGUCAGGAAGAACUCCACUCCACAAUGCCAUAUUAGGACGUCACGUGAAGAUCGUGGAGAUGCUCUUGGGGGCUGGGGCCGAUACGUCUCGUCUGGACGAGAGCCAAGAUUCACCGCUUCACACCGCGGUUCGGACUGGUGACGAGAACCUUGUUAGAACUUUUCUCCGAGUUGGUCGAUGCGAUGCAAACAUUCGAGGACAUAGUUUAAGAACCCCUCUUCACAUCGCAGCUGAUAUGGACAAAGUGGCCAUAUGUGGGACAUUGAUUGAGCACGGUGCAUCUCCGGAAUGCCGUGACGACGAGAAUAUGAGACCACUGACAAGAGCAAUAGAAAAAGGGGCCAAGAGUGCGGCAGAGUUUCUCUUUAAAGAAGUGAAAUCAAGACAGAAUGAUAUAAAGGACAUACUGAAUAAUGUGGAUGUUGAGGGGAGUACCCUCCUUCAUUUGGCAGUGGACAGCGGAAGCACUGAGGUUGUGCAACUUUGUCUGGACAGUGGGGCCAUCAUUCGGCAACCAAAGGCACGCGAUAGAAGUACUGCAUUCCACGUGGCUUGCUCCCAAGGUUCCUUAGAGAUAGUUCAACUGUUUUCUUCAAACGACGCCUCUAUUUGUCGAAUAACACUGAUUGACAGUGAAGGAUUGACUCCCUUACAUAGAGCUGCAAUGAACAACCACUCAGGCGUUGUGCAGUACCUUUUGGAACAGGGCGCUUCAGUUGACCCUCGAGACAAAAUUUGCCGCACCCCACUCUUGUUAGCAGCUGGAGUGGGUGGAACUGAGUCUGUCCAGGUGUUGAUUGAAAAUGGUGCUGACGUCACGGUGAAAGAUGUGGAUCUACGAUCAUGUGUUAGAGUAGCUGUUGGACAUACAGCCACUAUGGAGUUAUUACUACAGAAGCGCGAAGCCUACCCGCUGAUAACUGACAAGGACAUCACAGGCUUCACACCAGUCCACUACGCUGCCAAGCAUGGUCAUCUCCAGAACAUUUUACUUUUCAUGGAACGAAACAAGGCAGCUACCAGUGUGACGUCAGAUGCACUGGAUACAGCUCUCCAUGGUGCUGCCAGAUACGGCUGGAAGGAAAUUGUUGAAGUGUUACUGUCAGGUCGUAACAUUCGCUCCAUAAACUUGAAAAACAACCAAGGAAAAACAGCACUGCACUUUGCAUGCGCAGAAGGCCAUGACAGAGUGGUUGAGCUUUUGAUAAAUCUUGGUGCUACUGUGGAAAAGGAUCAUAAUGACAGAACAGCGCUACAUAUUGCGGCCAUGAGAGGCUCCAAGCAAUGUGUCCAGUGCAUUUUACAACACCAUCCUCAGUGCAUUAAUCUCUUUGACAAGGAUCAGAACACUGCACUGCAUGUGGCCGCCAUUCACGAUUACCCAGACGUUGUGUCGUGUUUGCUAUCGUAUCCUGAACAGGAAAUCCUCAUGAACAAGAAGAAUCGUAAUGUAUUGGAUGCUGCCAUAAAUGCCGAAAGAAAGAAUGUUGCACUUGCGAUAGCAAGCCAUGACAGAUGGCGCGAAGUGCUGACAUCGUCUUCCCCUGGCCAUAUCGCGCAGAUGCAAAAGCUCGUGAUUAAAAUACCAGAAGUCGCUAUACGAUUCAUGGAUCAGUGUAUCACAAGGGAAGGAAAUCCAGACGGAGAAGACUACAAAAUUACAUACGAUUUUACCAUAAUUCAAGGAUCACAGCAGCCAACCCAAGAUCCACUGGUAGUACUUAAGACCAUGCUGGAACAUCGUCGAAUAUCCUGCUUGACUCAUCCAGUAUGCUUUAUCGUUAUGAACAAAAAGUGGCAGACGUUUGGAUGGAAGUCGUUAGUUAUUAACCUUGUUCUGUAUCUUAUCUUCGUGGUACCACUAACCGCGCUUGCAAUCUUCACGAGGGCGAAUGAAAGGCGCCUUUGCCGUUUGAACGAAUCCCUAUCAAGAAAGGAAUAUAUCCACAUGAAUGUCCCAUGUAAUUUAACAGACUCGGUUGCUCAGGUUCUUCAGUUUGCAGUUGGGAUAAUCGCAAUUCUUCACCUGAUAAAAGAAUUACUGCAGCUAAAGAAGCAGAGGAUUAAAUAUCUUCGUUCACUGUCCAACUACUUUGAGUGGGUGGGGUAUGGCUUUGCGUUGUUUUACAUUGUUCCCCCUUGUGACUGUAAGCUGGGAUUCCGGCAGGAAAUUGGAGCAAUGGCCUUGUUCUUUGGCUGGAUGAACCUCAUCUUGUUUCUUAGAAGGUUUUCGUCCUAUGGACAAUACAUAAUAAUGUUGACAACAAUGUUUGCCACCCUGUUUAAGGUCCUGCUCCUGUUUUUCAUGUUAGUCAUGGCUUUUAGCAGCACAUUUUACCUGCUCUUAGACGAAGAAACGGAACCCUAUGCCACCUUUCCAUACUCCAUGAUGACCAUUUUUGUGAUGACUCUCGGUGAACUCAACUAUGCUGACUUGUUCAUGCCUUGGGACAAACUGGAAUAUGCCGCACUGACCAACAUCCUGUUUUUCAUGUUCGUGUUGGGAAUGCCUAUCAUUCUUAUGAACAUGUUGGUGGGCCUUGCUGUUGGUGAUAUCGACAAGAUCCAAGUGAAUGCUUUAAUUGACCGUUAUGUGAUGCAGGUCGAGUUGGUUUUAGACAUGGAGGAAACAGUGCCUAAAUCUAUUGUUAAACAUGCCCAUGUAGAUAAACACGUUGAAUAUCCCAACAGGAGUGCAUCCAAGCUCUAUGAGAAGCUUUUGGGUUUCAGCCGUCCGGAAGGAGAUGAUGAUGAAGGGGACACAUCCCCAGACCUCCCCCCUGCAUUUCAUCCACUACUGAAGAGAAUGGAGGAGCAGGAGAAUAGGAUCAGUGGCAUCUACGAGCUGUUGCAGGAACAAUCAAGGCUUCUCAAAUCGAUCAGUCAACGAAAACAAACGGAGGAGUAGGGGAGGGGAAAUGGAGUCUUGUAUAGAUGAAUGUAGUAAGGUGUCUAGUAAGCUACGGAAGAAAAGUGGGCAAACAUCACCAGUCAACUGGGUGUCAGUAGUGACAUUAUCAUUUCAUUUCAUGGUAUAACAGGGUAAUAAAGAAUCUUCGCACGCCCUGAUUGGUCGAAAACCAGGGGUCCUGCACGUUCGCAAACUGAAUUGUAGAUUAGUGAUGUUUCCAUUUGGUUGCUCGCCGCAGUUAUUGGAGCAAUCAGCAGUAAAGCUGCUGUCCCACAUCUGAGUCAUGACAGUGCGAAAUGUGACCUUUUUUACGAUGUAAUAUCAAGUGGGAUCCAUACCCACAUUUAACUUUUUGUAACCCUGUUUUGAAUGAAUUCUAAGCUUUAUAAACGCAAGAAUAAAGUUCACAUUAAAAAUACAUUUAUACUGGAAAUUCUUUCUGAGGCGAGCGCGAAAACGAGAGUGAGAAAACUCAUUAUCCGUUAAACAUCAGAAGAGCAAAUAGAAAAUGACACUUUAUUUCUUGACGGGGGAAUUAAAUCUGUCAUGUG